CUAAAGCAGAAGCUUUUGGAGGUGGGCAACUGUCAACAAUGGUGUGUCAUGGUCUCGUUACAGCCGUACGGAUGUGUUUUUUGAGAUAUUACAAGAAUGCCAAUCCAGGCACCGCAGUGGACAGAGUUCCUGUCCUGUCCAGUUUGUUGUAAUGAGUUUGACGCAACUCUACGCAGCCCAGUCAGCCUCGCAUGCGCACACACCGUCUGCAAGACCUGCCUUGUCAAUUUGCACCGCAAACAAUGUCCGUUCGACCAGACGGCUAUUACAACGGAGCUGGAAAAGCUGCCGGUGAAUACAGCCCUACUGCAGCUAGUGAGCCCCGCCGACCCUCCGACUGUACCUCCGCAGCCCCCGCCUCUACAUUUGGCCCAGGACGACUCUCACGCCUACCUACAGGCCAAGACAUGCAUAGAGGAGCUGGCUCUCUACCUCAAGCCCUUCUCCUCCGGGAGUGGGACAGGAGUGCUGUCGCGACCGAUGCAGCGCAAGCUGGUAACACUGAUCAACUGUCAGUUGAUGGAGGAGGAAGGGCGGUCGCGUGCGAUGCGAGCAGCUCGCUCUCUGGGCGAACGUACAGUCACCGAGUUGAUUCUGCAGCACCAGAACCCUCAGCAACUAUCGGCCAAUCUCUGGGCUGCUGUACGAGCCCGGGGCUGCCAGUUCCUUGGACCAGCCAUGCAGGAGGAGGUGCUGAAGCUAGUUCUGCUGGCUCUGGAGGACGGCUCAGCGCUCUCCCGCAAGGUGCUGGUCAUGUUUGUGGUGCAGCGGCUUGAACCUCACUUCCCUCAGGCCUCCAAGACCAGCAUCGGCCACGUCGUCCAACUGCUCUACAGGGCUUCUUGUUUUAAGGUUUCCAAAAGAGAAGGAGACUCUUCCCUGAUGCAGUUGAAGGAAGAGUUCCGCACUUACGAAGCGCUACGUCGAGAGCACGAUGCACAGAUUGUGCAGAUUGCGACUGAGGCUGGUCUGCGUAUUGCGCCGGACCAGUGGUCUGCGCUGCUGUACGGUGACACUGCGCAUAAGUCUCACAUGCAGAGCAUCAUAGAUAAACUGCAAACUCCGCAGAGCUUUGCACAGAGUGUACAGGAGUUGGUGAUUGCGCUACAGAGGACUGGCGACCCUGGCAACCUUAAUGUUCUCAGACCUCAUCUGGAGUUGCUGGCCGCCAUUGACCCUAGCCCAGAGUCGUCAGUGUGCAGCUGGCAGGAGGUGUGGCAGGGAGUGGAGGCAGCCCGGCUAGUAGUGGCGGGGCUAGUGGAGUUCAUCAGGGUCCACGGAGCACGCAAGCCCCCCGGGGGUGACGGGGCCACUCCUGCCGGGUCUCACGCUCACAAUGCCAAGUACAAGAUCAGUCUGUGUCGUGACCUACAGCUGCGUGGCUCGUGUCCUCGAGGAGUGAACUGCACCUUCGCCCACUCCGAGGAUGAGCUAGAGAAGUACCGAUCCAAGAACCGCAAGAUGGUCCCUCGACCCGGAUGCAAGGAGGAAGAUUUUCUAGCGGACUCCUUGUUUAGCCACAGUGACGAAGUGAUUUUCAACACACAACAACACAAUUCUUUUAACAGUAAUGCUGGCGUAGGUGUGAGAGUGGGCGAUUUCAACAGUAGCUUGUUUCCCAUCAAGAGUUCUCCGCACACGACAUAUCAGCCGCCGCAGCAGCAGAUGUUUGCUCCGACUCCCGGCACCUUCACUCCUGACAUUUACAGUGCGGCGCCUCACAGUAUGGUGCUCAGUACAGGAGGUCAGUUGUACGCGCCACAGCCUGACUACGCCUCCACUGCGCCUCCCCACACUGACCAUCGGCCCAUAGAGACGGCUCAUACACAGGCAUGGCUGUCGCAUUUACCCCCUCCACCACCCAAUAAGAGGUACAACAACAAGAAUUUAGUUUUGCUGCAACAACGGAAACAAGAGAUUGUGUCACAGUUGGAGCGCAACAAAUGCAAUACACCGCUACGAGGGGACACAUCAUCUGGUGUGUCGACGUACUCCAUGUGGAACUCCGGAGGGAUUCUUCACACAACGUCUGGACCAAACUCACAAGUCAGCCUGACCAGCUCCUACAGGCCUGUGCUUUACAGGUCAGACAGUGUGUUGACGGACGACGAGUUCAUCCCGUUUGACACUCCGAUCGUCAGCAAGUACGGACCCAUCUCCCGCGCGGCUGCCGCAGCCAAAGCGAUGAUGAGGCCUCAGUCACUACAGAGUUCUGCGGUGUUUGGAGACGCUACGAUAUCCACCCCCGGACUGAGGAGACCCGUCCCAGCACCUAGCCCCAUCACCCCCGCCUGGCCCCCACAAUACAACGGUUACCAACAGCCUCAGCUGGUGAGUCCACCGGCCGCCAGUCCUGGGGACUACAUCACCAUCGGCCACGGAAUAGUCGAUCCUCCCCAGAUAGUACACAGGCCUCCAUUGGAGCAGAGCAAUCUGAUGCUUCAGCUGAAAAAUAUUGAAAAACAAAUCACCAUGUUAAAGCAACAACAACAAUACCAAGAGAUGAUGGAGAAAGAAAAGGAAUGGCGAUUUUCACAGUUGGUGCCCAACCAUGGAGGCGUGGGGGUUGGCUGGAGUAGUGACGGCUGGUCGAGCACAGGCUAUCACAGCGACGAUGAGGACUCGUACGACAUUGCCCACAACAUGAGGGAACUAGAGUUGACGAUACAAGGUCAACUAGAGGAAGACGACGACAGCAAACUUUGGCCUCACGACGACGACUCCGCCAAGUAGAGUUACGACCACUUUUUAUACCGUAUCUUUUCCCGAUACAGAAACAUUUUUUAAACAGAAACCUACGAGAGUCUUGUAGUUAUAUAGAGUUAUAUAUUUUUAUUAGAGUUUCUACGUAUUUUUACCCUGUCGGUUCUCUAGGGCGAGGAACGCUAGCAGUUGUAAUUUCUAAAAAACUAACCAGACCUGAGUUAAAAUAGAAAAUAUUGAUGCGAGUCUGAAAUUAUUUAAUAACGCAUGUUUGUAACAGUCAGAUAGAGACAAAAGAUAUGUUUGGAAAAUCUUUAGAGUCGAUGAAAAAUUUUACUAAAGCUUUGUUAGUAUUUUGUAUACUCAAAUGUAUUCCGAAUAGUUUUGUAUCAGCUGGUUAGUUGGAAUUGAUUAGUACAGUUUAGUAAAUUAUAGAAAGUAAAAUUUAAACAUUGUAGCAACCUUUUUCAUAUUUUGGUGCUAAGUCUAAAUCAAUGAACAUUAUUGUUAAUAUGUAAUCAUUUAUUAUUCAUUUUUUGCUAUGCAUUAAUUUUUUUGUUAUUUGAUUUGAUAAUCAACAUAAUCUCGAUUUACUAGUAAUCGAACCCUAUUUUAUUUUGCAUGUUUUUAAUUAUUCCACGAGGCAUUUGUGGACGCAUGAUAGACUAUCAAUACUGUUUUUAUCAGUAGUGCAAUAAUCCUGUUAAUUUACGUAAAUAACCGUAUUUACAAUAUUUUUGAUCGUUUUCCUCGUUAUCUGUGUUACCUGUUGUUUUUGAUUCCAAUCAAACAAUAUACCAGUUUUGUUUUCUGAAAAUAUUAUUUAUCGUAAGCGUAACGAUUAUCAUUAUAGUUACUCUAAUUGUUUGCCUGUAUCCAGAGUUUAUCGCGUAUUUAAUGUUAUGAUAUAGUAUUGUUUGUUAUAUUUUUCUAGUUUGCGUAAGUAGGGAUUACUUACAGGAUUGUGGGAGAUUGUUUAGCAAUAUAUAACCUGUACUAUGUGUUGUAUAUAUGUAACGUCGUGAGGCUCGUAAGGCUUGUUACUGACAAUGUGCCAAUCUUGUGUCUUCAGUUCAGUGACGGGCCGAGCCUCGUAAAUGUGUAACUAUGUUUAGUGUCUCGUCCGCUGCGGAUGUCACUCACCUCGUAACUUAACAGUUAAAAAUAGUAUACUGAUCCACUGAUCCACAAUGCAUAAUUUAGUUCCAAACAACUUUCUCAAAAUGUCCAAACUAAAAUUUAUCAAACCGCAAACAAUUUUUACGACUCAAUUUUUUUCCUCCCUUUAGCAAAUCUCUGAAGAUUGUGUUUAAUUAUCAUUGUGUUUCUUUACUGCUACGUUUGUAAAUCAGUUCCGCUACUUAGUCAGUGACAGCCGCAGCCGGCAGACGCUGCUUCUAGCCUAGUCCGUGUCUGUAGUUUACGCAGUUUAUGUUGUAUAUUGAAACUGCACCGCAUGAGUAAGACUCAUUCUCAAUGUUACUGUUUAAAUCUAUGUAUUUUUAUACAAUAGUUUUCUAAACUCAAAGGACUGAUGUGAGUCCUGUCAUUUUUAUGGUUUAUUGAUUUUUCCACGUAAACCUGAAUUUCGGAAGAAGAAAAAUUUCUUCCAGUUUUAUUGGAAGCUGACGUGCCUCGCUUAUUGUUGUUUGUAGAAUGUUGUUUUACAAUAAUCGUUUUCAUAGAUUAUUAAUUUAUUGUGGGAUCCACACGUUUUCAACAGUUGUAAAAGUGAAUCAGUUACUUUACUGUCUUUCCAUUGUACUCUGUUUGAUUAUUUUCAUCAACGGUUUUUUUGGGAUUGAACUUUUUGUAAAUAGCGCUUAAUAAGUAGAUUUUAUACCAUGUAAUGUAUCGCCUUUGCCUUUCUUAGAAGUAGUUUAAAUCAUUAAUGUUUAGAGGAGUUACGAGAGAUUACCAGUUAGGGAUUUGAUAGUUUUCAAAGCUAAGCCGUACAUAAUUCAUUGUAUUCAUGUUUCAAAGCUGUAUUUUAGAAGUUAUGAAUGUGUUAAUUUAAGGUAUAAUACAGCCUAAAACAGUUUUAACUCAGAUUGUAUAUUUUUUUCUAUUUUUUAAUGCUAAAUUAAAUACUGUACUGUUCUAGUUUAUAACGUUUUGGUUAAAGAUGGCUUUAGGCCAGGGUUUGUAAGGAUUUUGUAAUAGAUAUGUUUAACACAAGGCUUACCUUACUGACGAAAAUAUAUAAAAAUGGAUAAAUAAGCAUAUAGAGUUUUCAAAGCUAGCACCUUCUUUUAGUGGUAGAGUCUAUGAAACUACAAAUUCAACAUGUUAUGUGUUUGUACAUUUUCAACUAUUUCCGUCAGUAAAGUAAGCCCUCUGAUAAACCUAUCCUUUACAAAAACCUUAGUUCUAGUUUAAUGUUCAAGGAAACAAAUUUAACCAUAUUUAUUUACUGUUUGUAAAUAACUAACGUUUUGUAAUUGAAAAUUACUCUUUUAACUCAUAUUUAAUUCUGUGCCAACAAUAAAGGUUUGAUAAGAUUGUACAAUUGUGUUUAAGCAAAAUGUGAAAAGAAUGUAAAAACCAACAUAAAUCCUACAUAAUUUAAGUAAGGGUCCAAGCGGAUUCGUAUUUGAAUUUUAUUUCUAAAAUGACGGUAAUUCCUAGUUUUGAGCAUUUCCUUCAUAUACAAAAAUUUGGCAGUAGAGUAUUACAAUAUUGGAGUAGUUAGUAUAAUUUUUGGAGUUAUUGGAAGGACGACGGACUACAAAUCUAUGACAGUGAUGUCAUGGGUUCGCGUCCUGGUGCUCGCCACUAAAUUUUAUCAGUACAAUUCACUGUACUACUGUUCUGGCUUACCCCUUGCUUUGCUGGAAAUUUUCAACGCACAGGUCUGAGGUCUAUGUGGACAAGCAAUUGCGUGGUUAAAAGAGGCCACAAAAAAAUAUUUUUCUUGAUACAAUUCAAAAGGCUUGAAUACUUUAACUAUUCCCAAUGUUCAGUGUUUAUUUCCAAAAUUCUGUUUCAAAUCAGUGAAAUUUUCAUUUGUUGCUCUUAGUUGGAAAAAAUUAAUUUGUUUAUUAAAAUCUUAACUUUUUUUGUAAUGUAAUUAAUAUUUCAGAAAACAUUAGAGAAUGAGCUAGUAAAAAAAUUUGUACUUCUCCUCACCACAAGUCAUCACUAUCUGCUUGGAUCCUAACUUCCUAACUCGUACUAUAGUUUUUAAAAUGUGUACUAAUAAUUAAAUGUGUAACAAAACCAUUUAAUUGAAUAGCACAACUGUUGGAACGUGUAGGUAAUAUUUUGUGUUAGUGACUUCUAUAAAGCCAAAGCUAAUUUACUAAGUUCAUCUUAAACUGGCAUGAAUACAAAGUAUUUUUAAAACAAGUGUAAAUCGGCUCAUGGAAUUUGUAACCGAUACAGCCGCACAUGUUUCACUCUGUAAAUAAGAUUUUUUUAAGACGGCAGUUAGCAUAGGUAGAGUAAUGUUUAUAACAAUCAAAACGUCUAAAUUGUAACAGAAUGUAUUCAGUUGGGUCUGAACAGUGUUAUACAUAAGGUACAUGUUAAACAUGUUGAUGUCAAUAUUUUUAAGUUCUUUUAUUUGGAACUUUUUAACCGAGUCGCAGACUAUUGGCAAUCUCCGUUUUGGGAGGGUGGCAAUUAUUGGACGGUGUAGAUCGUAGCACGUCAGGGGAUCAAAUCAGUGGCUCACGACUGAACGCUUCCGAUCUGUUUUGCAUUUUUUUAGAUUGAACUACGUAAAGCAAUAAUCGUUUUGUGGAAUCAUAUGUUUGGUUUUUGUCGGAUCAUUGUAAACCUAUCCUGAGCUUUCGGUCUCUUGUCCCGUUUUGUGUUUUUUUUUGUCUGUGUGUUGCGAGCUUGAAGUUUGCUACUUUUUUGGUCUCCGAGUCGACUUAUUAAUCAAUAUCUAGUGUGUUACGUAUAACGAACUCAUGUUGCACAUGUAAUAUUACAACAGAUUAUAUUAAUCACUCGUGUAAUAUUUGGUGGUUAGGGGAGUACAUAUUCUAUUGUAUGAAGAUAUAUAACAUUGCAUGGUCAAUGCUAGUUUAUUUUAACACAAGUUGUCAAUGACUGAUAAAAUUGCUCUUAUGCUUAUAA